AUUCAAAGGACCUAGAAUAGGUACUGGUUUGUUUAAUCAUUUGUUGUGGUGUGGUUGGCCAGUCGGACCACAUCAUCAUCAAUUGUCACUUUGACACCUGCCGCUUGCCAUUCUGUAUUUCUGAAAGCAGCAUAUAUUUUUUUCUAACUAGGGCCACACUUUUGACCAUCGCUAAAGUGGCAGCAGCUCCGUCCUACCGUGACUAGCAGCAGCUCCGUCCUACCAUGACUAGCAGCAGCUCUGUCCUACCGUGACUAGCAGCAGCUCCGUCCUACCAUGACUAGCAGCAGCUCUGUCCUACCGUGACUAGCAGCAGCUCCAUCCUACCAUGACUAGCAGCAGCUCCAUCCUACCAUGACUAGCAGCAUCCAAUCAUUGAGUCUCCUCGAGCAAUUUGUUUUCUCCAUCUGUGGGGCAGAACUAGGCUACUCGGGUUUAGUUUUGCCGGUUAUAAUUAACCGUUACGCCCAGACCGUUAGGCCAAAAGGCAGUGAUAAUCAAAGCUCACGCUUGAUUAUCUCGGACAGUAUUUAUGUUGAUUAUAGGAACUCAGUAUUGAUGUUGAUUAUGGGAACUCAGGUGCCUAGCAGCAGUAGUCUGUGGAAAUUUCAAGUUGAAAAACUCUUCGUCGCCAAUGACACGGAAGGGAAUAUUGGCAUGAAUGAAAAAGGUUAUUUCAAGAUUUAGGUUUGUCGAUCAAGCCUUGAGUAAGGAAUAAAAAGCUUUG